AUGAGUGAAAUUUUUACUCUUCAAUAACUGGCUUAGAUGCAAAGAAACUUUGUUAAAAGGAAAAUCUAAAUCAAUUUAGAAUGUAAAAAUUAAUUAAAGCAAUUAAGAGACUAAGUAGUAUAAAUACUAGAUUGGAAGCCCACUCCAUCAGAAUUUGAAUGUCAUAUCUUUUGGAAGGAUACUUAUGUAACAGAUGAAGAAUAUCGUCGUUUGUUGCCUUAUCAAAGAAUCAACCAUUUUCCAGGAUCAUACAUGCUUGGAAAAAAAAAUGAAUUGUGUAGAAAUUUAAAUAAGAUGCGUAAACAAUACCCUUAAGAUUAUGAUUUUUAUCCAAAAACAUGGCAUUUGCCUUAUUAAAGCGAAGAAUUAAGAAAUAAAUAAGGAACAGGAAUUUUUAUAAUAAAACCAGAAGCUAAUUGUUAAGGAAGAGGAAUAUUUUUAACAAAAAAGCUUGAUUAAUUUUUAGAUAAGCAUUAUGUUGUAUAGGAAUAUAUCAGUAAUCCUUAUUUGAUUGAUGGACUCAAAUUCGAUUUAAGAAUUUAUGUUAUGCUUAAAUCAAUUGCUCCUCUUAAAAUCUUCAUGUACUAAGAAGGAUUAGCAAGAUUCUCAACUAAAAAGUAUGUAAAACCUUAAAAGAAGAAUUUAAGCAGUGUUACUAUGCAUCUAACAAAUUAUGCUAUUAAUAAAAGAAGCAAAGACUUUGUAUUUAAUAAUGACACAAACAAAGAUGAUGUAGGUCAUAAAAGAUCUCUGUCUUCAGUAUUCAAAUAUUUGAAAGAUUAGGAUCAUGAUGUAGAUUAGUUGAUGUCAUAAAUUAAAUCAGUGAUUGUAAAGACAAUUCAAAGUGUAUAAGGAGAUUUAGCACAUUUAUAUAGAUCACAAUAGCAUAAUGUAGAUGGAAUAGAAUAAUGCUUUGAAUUGUUUGGUUUUGAUAUUCUCUUGGAUUCUAAUCUCAAACCAUGGUUGCUUGAAGUCAAUCAUACUCCUUCAUUUUCAACUGAUACACCCUUAGAUAAGAUCAUUAAAAAGAACUUAAUUUUAGAUACGUUAAUUUUAUUAGAUAUUAGAAAUAAACCUAAGAAAAACUAUUUAGAUUAAAAAAGGGCUCCUACUUUUUAAAGACCUCCAAAAAUGAAUUAAGAAGAAAAGGAAAAAUAAGUAAACUAAAUUACCAUUUAUGAAAAUAAACAUCUAAAUGGCUAUAUUAGAGUUUAUCCUGAUGAAAAUUUACAAUACUACGAAUAGUUUAUGCCACCAAAACAAAAAGAGAAAGAAACAAUAAUUAUUUAAUAAUAAUUAGAUAUUACAAAGCAACCUGAUAAAAUACAAAAACUGCAAACUGAGUCUAGACCUCCUUUGGCUAAACCUCCUCCAAAACUUUCCAAAAACAAAUCUUUUAGUGAUCUAGAAGCCUAAACAAAUCAGCCUUUAACUCUUAGAACUGUUGCUCCUUAAACUAGAACUCCAUCUUAAUCAAGACCUUUCAGUAGUAUAGCCAUUAUAAAUAGACCUAUGAGUGCUCUUAGGAAACCUCUAUAUGGAAAUUAACAUUAAAAUCUUAAUUAGUCAUCAAAUUAAUAGAAAUUAAUAUACCCUCCUCCUAUAGAAUAACCCCCUAAGCCAGUAUUCAAAAUGUUACAAAUAAAGACAUUUAGCUUUUAAAAAAUUGAAAAUAUCUAAAAAAAUGAAUGA